GCUCUGACAACCACAGCCUCACGCAGAAACCCCUUCUUCCGGACAGUGGCACUGUCAGCAGGUGGCUGGGCCUGGGGAGACUUGUUCUGGGAUGAUGGGGACAGUUUUGAUACCUACAAUCUCAGGUUGUGAGUGAUCCUCUGAUGCUGAAUGGGGCCCUGGAUGAACUGGUGCUGGGAGGACUGCAGGUGUUUGGAGUGCCCUCACCUCCCCACAAAAGGUCCAUAGCACAUAAUUGACAUCAAGUAUAAUUAUCAUAAUUAAGGAAUGGCCGGAAGGGUAUGUGAUGCUCUAAAAACAACUGCAGCGACGGGCGUAUGGUGUCACUCUUGGAAAACAGGGGGGCAAACAGGGCUACGCUAUCCCACACCUGAGCUAAAUCCUUGACAAGUGAGGAGAAACGACGCCGGUACGUGCUGCUCCGUCGCCGCCCGCCCGGUGACAUGGAUGUCCGACUAGGGCUGUAGACUCCUGCAGCGGGGACUGAAGAGGAUGGGCCCGGUGUCCCAGCGCCUGAGGAGAUGUCUCUGGGUCGGCUCCUGCGGCGUGCCUCCUCCAAAGCCUCGGACCUCCUGACCUUUAACCCCGGAGCAGGGGGCUCAGCCUUGCGCUCGGGAAUCGAGGGCGAGAUCAUCUUUUCCAAAAAUAAUAUCUGUGUGCACCCUGCGGAGCCACUGCCUGGUCAGGCUGAGCACCACCCAGGCUACCUGUGUGUGCACGUGGAGAAGGACGAAAGCCUUGGCUCCACUCUGAUUCUGACCUGGGUGCCCAAUUCCCGCAUCCAGAGGCAGGAUGAGGAGGCGCUGCGCUUCAUCACCCCCGAGAGCUCCCCUGUACGCAGGAAUGCGCGCCGCCGAGGCAGACGACCUAACUCCCGUCCUCGAGUGGCCCAGGAGGAAGACGAGGAUGAAGAGAGGAACAUUACCAGCAGCACUUCUACGGACAGCCAGAGCCUGGUGGUUGAGGCUGGAGUGGACGUCUCCUUACACCAGCAGCAGCUGCACUCGGCUGGGGACGAGGGGGACGAGGGCUCCUGUGAGCUCUCCGAUGAAGUGAGCAGGGACAGCACCAUGGGUUCUGACUCGGACACCUUCUCCUCCCCUUUCUGCUUAUCUCCUGUCAGCGAAGCUCUCUGUGAAAGCAGCGGCUCUGUCUUCCUGGACAAUGAAAGCAGAGAGCUCUGUGAUGAGACCAUGACCCACUCGGCUAGUUCUGCCUCCAGCCUGGACAGCCAUGUCCCGUUCGAGAGCAGCGGCCAGUUGCAGAGCAUGCGAUGGGAGGAGCAGCAGAAGGUGCUGGCUCUGGAGCAGUUGUGCGGUGUUUUCAGGGUGGACCUGGGUCACAUGAGGUCGCUGAGACUCUUCUUCAGUGAUGAGGCAUGUACCAGUGGUCAGCUGGUGAUAGCUAGCAGAGAGAGCCAGUAUAAGAUCCUCCACUUUCAUCAUGCUGGACUGGACAAGCUGGCUGAGGUCUUCCAACAGUGGAAGUGCUGCAGGGAAACUCAACUGAAAGACCAGGUGUCAGAUGAGAAAUCCUGCAUGCAGUUUUCCAUCCAGAGGGCCACCCUGCCAUCAGCGGAAACCCACCCAGAGGAGAGGCUCUAUCGGCGGCUGGAUGUCACCACCUGGCUACGUCAUCUCAACCACACCGGGCAGGUAGAGGAAGAGUAUAAGCUACGCAAGGCCAUUUUCUUCGGUGGUAUUGACCCAUCUAUCCGUGGCGAAGUGUGGCCCUUUCUGCUCCACUAUUACAGCUACGACUCCACCUCCCAGGAGAGGGAGGCAUGGAGACUGCAGAAACGCACCGACUAUCAUGACAUCCAGCAGAGGAGAUUGUCGAUGAGCCCAGAGGAGCACAGUGAGUUCUGGAGAAAGGUCCAGUUCACAGUAGAUAAAGAUGUGGUGAGAACAGACCGCAGCAACCACUUCUUCAGGGGAGAGAAUAAUCCCAAUGUGGAGAUCAUGAGGCGGAUUCUGCUCAACUAUGCAGUCUUUAAUCCAGACAUGGGCUACUGCCAGGGCAUGUCUGACUUGGUGGCCCCCCUGCUCACUGAGGUCCAGGACGAAAGCGACACCUUCUGGUGUUUUGUUGGCCUCAUGGAGAACACCAUCUUCAUCAGCUCACCGCGGGAUGAGGACAUGGAGAGGCAGCUGAUGUACCUGCGGGAGCUGCUGCGUCUCAUGCUGCCCCGCUUCCACCAGCACCUGACCAGGCUCGGGGAGGACGGCCUCCAGCUGCUCUUCUGCCACCGCUGGAUCCUGCUCUGCUUCAAACGAGAAUUCCCAGACACGGAGGCUCUGCGUAUGUGGGAGGCCUGCUGGGCACACUACCAGACAGACUAUUUCCACCUGUUCCUGUGUGUGGCCAUCAUCGUUCUCUAUGGGGAGGACGUGACGGAACAGCAGCUCGCUACCGACCAAAUGUUGCUUCAUUUCAGUAACCUCUCCAUGCACAUGAAUGGAGAAUUGGUGCUACGUAAGGCCCGCAGCCUUCUCUACCAGUUCCGCCUCCUACCCAGGAUCCCGUGCAGCCUACAUGACCUUUGUAAACUGUGUGGUCCCGGGAUGUGGGACAGCCGCUACAUCCCCACUGUGGAGUGCUCAGGUGAACACCCAGACUCACAGAGCUGCCCCUAUGGAGGCACGUCCACUCCGCAGCCGUCCACACCCUCCCCGUCGUCCACACCCUCACCUUCACCAAACUUCACCCCCACAACUCCGUCAGAGGGCAAGAAAGGAGCCAAAGCCCGGGAUAUUUUCACUUUCCGUAAACAGACCUAAAAUUGAGUUUUUUGGGGGGGGAAACAAAUGCGUUUCCUUCAGCUUCAUUUGCUGCCCUCUGACUCCUAUGUCCAAAUGCCCUGCUUCUAGUUCCACUAUCUUAAUGUGGGUUUUCGUCACCUGAUCCUUUCCCAUGGUGCAUUGUGGAACAAUGCCUUACUAGAGUGUUAUUUCAAACAUUGACAGAACCUGCGAUGGGGAUGGACAUCCUGGAGGUCAAGAAGCUGCUUUUCCUCUCAAACCAGAACAGACAAUCACCAGCCACUAUGUUGGUCUGGAGCUACUUCAGGUUUUCGUCUGCUGCUGGCCUGGCACACAUCCCUGGCCUUUGUUAGCAGGAGUCACACAAGAGUCUGAGGCAACCGGCCUGAAAUCUCUCCGGCUCUGAGCACAGGUCGAAUGAACCUGAAGAUUCAUUCACAGGAACUCUUCCCUCACAAUGGGAUAUUUGUGGAAGUCUGAGCAGAAACAUUUUUAAAUCAAAUCCACACCCUCCAGAAAUAGGAUUAUAACAAAUUACUGGGACAUUUAAUUUUUUUAUUUUUUUUUAUUUUCAUUUUUCAUCAAGUGAAUGUUUGCUUUUUAUAUCAGCAGUUACAAAAAUAUUUAGCAAUAUAUGCUUGCAUGAAAGAUUCUUUCCGUAUAGAGGGCACUAUACUGUAUGUUUGCUGGAAAACACACAUAAGCCCCAAACAGACGCAAGAAAGCGUUUACGUCAACGUCGUUAUAGGGCUCUGCAUAUUUCCUCAACAGAACGUGGUGAGAAACAUGAUCGGGUUUUUUUUUUUUCCUUUUUCUCUCCGUUACAAAGGAGGAAGCUCGCCAUAUGUUUCCUUCUGACAAACUCAGACACAGAUGUUCAUGUUACCUCUCGUGCAGUAGGAGCUCCAUCACUUUCACAUUAGCAUCACACGAUUUAAAGACGAGUUCCCUGUCAGAGGAGUACAGAUGGAUGUGACAGCGCUGUCUGCAUUAGCAAGCACAGAUCAUGUUCGUCUUGACAGGGAAAUUGAAGGCCUCCUGUUUUACUUGAAAUGUUACCUUCUGUGUUGAAUUAUGUUAAAGCAGGGUUAUGAAAAAAAAAAAACAACAACGUCAACACAGUGCUCCACCCUCACCAGAAAAAUGAAUGAUAAGGCACUAUCAACACUGAGAAUCAGUCCACGGGAAUGUACCUGUCUUCUCUGUCUUCUCACUCCACUAGGGAAGUGUGAAGCUCUUGUGUGUAUACAUGCAUGGAUGUGUUGUGUGUGUGUGUGUGCGCGCGCGUGUGUAUAAACUGAAGUGACCUCUCAACAUCUGGUAAUGAGUCGGAGAAGAGCCGUAGAAAGCCUCCCCUCUGACCACUCUCUUUAAUUAUAGCAGUCAUCGUGGGGAGAAGCAGGCAGAGGAAUGACGAAAGAAAAAAGCUGGCCUUUUAGACUCCUCCGAGAAAACAAUCACAAGAGAGGUGAGAGUAACGCGAUGAUUUAGGCCUCAAAGCGGGGGAUAUGUAGUAAUAUGCACCUUGCCUCCGUGAUUUACGAUUCCCAAAUGGAAAAGAUGGCACAUGGAGAAUUCCCCCCCCCCCCUGGAGUGGAAGAGGAAAGAGAAAUUGGUGCUAAAAUGUAACAUCCUGACCUUCAGUCAGUCUCUCUCUCUCUCUGACCCCUCUCUUUCGCCUCCAUUUCUCCUUUCUCACAGCAUUCUCUGCAAGUGACACUCAGAACCUUUUUCCUUCUACUUAUCGUGUGCAGCUGUUCACUGGAAAUGCCUGCGGGGUUUUAAGGAUUGGUGGCUGCAGUGAAAUGAGCUAAAUCGGAGAUGUAGGAUGGAAUAAUCUGUGUGUGUGUGUGUGUGUGUGUGUGUGUUGAGGUCCUGAUAGAGUCGCGUUGUCCGCACAGGCACUUGUUAAUCGCAGGCCUAAUUAAUGACCACUCCUAUUUAAAGGAGGUCGUGACCAAUCAUCACUGAAUGUACCACUGUGUGUUGCCGUCGAGCUCUCUGACAUGUUGCGAUGACUGUAUAAAUCACAGGAAAAAAAGAAGAAAAAAAAAGAGAGAAAGAACCGACUCUUACUCAAUGCAGUCAUGAUUUCAUGAAACAUUUCUAGGAAGAGUUUUUUCAGCAUAGUCACCAAUUCUUUCGUCAUUAAACGCUGCUGAAGUAAAAAUGAAAAUGAAGGGUAUGUUGUGUGUUUUUCUAAUAUAUGCAUGAGGUUUCACAGAAAGAAGCUUUUUAAACACACAUAAUGUGAAUAUAUUAAUCUAACACUGAGGCUGGGAAUGAGAAAAUAAUACAUUAUUGAAUACCUGCAGGCCCAGUGUGCUUAUUUUAUAGCCAUGUUUUCUGCAUUCAUUUGUUCACAAGCUAAACUGAAGAUUCACUCAAAUGCAGACUUCCUUUUGUGUCCUGUCUGUUACUUUAAUAGUAAGGUCAAAAAGAUUUUAUCUGGUCAUUUGAGCAUAAAAAAAACCCUGAAGUUCUGCUUUUCAGAGCUCACACAGAUCUUCUGAUAUGUAUGUGAUAUAGAGGAGAUAGAUGUCAGAUAAAAAAAAAGGUUUAAAGAAGACCUUAAAAAUGCUAAAUGAUCAUGAAGCAUGCUGAGGCAUUUUGUGUCUCUUCUACUGUGGGGUUCCUAUUUAAGGACAGAGACCCGUUUCUGUCCCACUGCCCAUAUUUCAUAAUCUCUCCAUUAUGAGAAAAUGGGCCCUAUUUAUGGUGAACCGUGGCCGCUGAAGCCUCAAAUAAGGCGUGUUGUUAAAUUAUGAACACUGUGAAACAGCAGCACGAUCACUUUACAACUAUGCACUGUAAUGUUGGUCGGUCCUAGUGUUGCUUUUCUGUUUGAGAAAAGAGAAGAAACCACUCCUGUGUUGGUGUAAAGCUAAUUCAUUUACUCAGACAAGUGUUUUUCCCUCGUCAAAAUUAGGCACAGAACUGAAUGUUAAGCUGCUUCUCUUUUAUCGUACACUGGGACAGAAGCUGUCGUCCUCUGCAGUUUGUGGUGAUUGUACUUACACGCAGCUGCAGUGUCGACGAAACGUCACAUUUCCGUGUCUGCAGCUGACGUUACUGUGUUUUUGCUUGUUGAAAUGAAAAUGGCAGAUCAACACUGAGACAAUGUGAAGAGAGAGAAAAAAAAAACAUCCUCCCAAAAAUACUCCCACCUUCUUUCUUAUUAUCAGAAAUACACUUGACCAACCGCAGUUCUUCCUACUGCUCUUACAUUCCCCUCAGCAGCUAUAAAAUAUAAUUUAUUUUCUUUUUUUCAUUUU